AAGCAGGAGAUUUUCAACCUAGUGACAGGCACAGAGCAGCACCUACCCCCUCCUCCUUCCCACACCUGCAAACUCUUUUGCUUGGGCUGAAUAUUUAGUGUAAUUACAUCUCAGCUUUGAGGGCUCCUGUGGCAAAUCCCCGGAUUAAAAGGUUCCUUGGUUGUGAAAAUACAUGAGAUAAAUCAUGAAGGCAACUAUCAUCUUUCUCCUGCUUGCUCAAGUCUCCUGGGCCGGACCGUUUCAACAGAGAAGCAUAUUUGACUUUUAUGACCUCAUGCUUGGAGAUGAGGCUUCUGGGGCAGACUCAGAUGACCAUUACCGCAGUCCUGAUGCUCCUGACGCAGAUGUUCUGGGACCAGUGUGUCCCUUCCGCUGUCAAUGCCAUCUUCGAGUUGUCCAGUGCUCAGAUUUGGGUCUGGACAAAGUGCCAAAAGAUCUUCCUCCCGACACUACGCUGCUGGACCUGCAAAAUAACAAAAUAACUGAAAUCAAAGGUGGAGACUUUAAGAACCUCAAGAACCUUCAUACAUUGAUUCUUGUCAACAACGAAAUUAGCAAAAUCGACGCUGGAGCAUUUGCACCUUUGGUGAAAUUGGAACGACUCUAUCUGUCCAAGAAUCAGCUGAAGGAAUUGCCAGAAAAAAUGCCCAAAACUCUUCAGGAGCUUCGUGCCCAUGAGAACCAGAUCACCAAAGUGCGAAAAUCUGUGUUCAAUGGACUGAACGAGAUGAUCGUCAUAGAACUGGGCACCAACCCACUGAAGAGCUUAGGGAUUGAGAACGGAGCCUUCCAGGGAAUGAAGAAGCUCUCCUACAUCCGCAUUGCUGACACCAAUAUAACCUCCAUCCCUCAAGGUCUCCCUCCUUCCCUUACUGAAUUACAUCUGGAUGGCAACAAAAUCACCAGAGUCGAUGCAGCUAGCCUGAAAGGACUGAAUAAUUUGGCUAAGUUGGGGCUAAGCUUCAACAACAUCUCUACGGUUGACAAUGGCUCUCUGGCCAAUACUCCCCAUCUGAGAGAACUUCACUUGAAUAACAACAACCUUCUCAAAGUGCCUGGUGGGCUGGCCGAACAUAAGUACAUCCAGGUUGUCUACCUUCAUAACAAUAAUAUCUCUGCAGUUGGGACUAAUGACUUCUGCCCACCUGGAUUCAACACCAAAAAGGCUUCUUAUUCAGGAGUGAGCCUUUUCAGCAACCCAGUUCAGUACUGGGAAAUUCAGCCAGCCACCUUCCGAUGUAUGUAUGUGCGCUCUGCCAUUCAGCUCGGAAACUACAAGUAACUCCCAAGAAAGCCCUCAUUUUUAUAACCUGGCCAAAUCCCAUUAAUGCCAUUGCUCAAAGAAGGAAAAAAAGAAAAUGAAAGCUAGAUACUGAAAUCCUUAACUGGAAUGUGGAUAUUUUCCCCACAUGACUUAUUAUGCAUAAAGCCAAAUAUGCAGUUUAAAUAAUUGCCUACAAUAAAAAAAAAAAUGUUUUGCCUGCCAUUUCGGAAUCCUUUUUUGAAGCUUUCUGUUGAUGUUAACUGAUCUAUUGCAGGUAUUCUUAUUUCACUAAAUGUAAAAUUUGGAGAAAAUAUGUAUGUCCAAAAUUUAGUAAAGCUUUUCUUUUUUUAAAUUUAAGGAAUUAAAUUUAAAAAGUAUCAAUCUUCUGUAGCUCAUAGGAUGGUUAGUACUUUGACAUAAAGUCAAAACUCAAACUCUAGCUUUGUAUUAAUCCCCAUUGUUACUGGAAAAGCCUCAUUUGAAUAUGUAAAUUCAGUAUAGGCUAUGUAAAAUUUUUACUGUCAUUAUUUUGAAAAAAAAUAAAUUCACAAGUUCACAUUCAAAAUA